GCCACACUUUGUCUUUAAACCGCUGGAGAACACAACACUCUUGGCAGGUCGUUUGGUUCCAGACUGAUACUGCCUGCAGGCCUACACCAGAAGGAGUGAGUGAAAGGUGAUUACUGAAGACAAACUCUGUUAAGAAAGGAGGGAAUUCCAAAUGGAAUCCAACGGUGACGGCAGGGUGCAGUAUGAUCGUUGGAAUGAGGACAACAUCAACAUGGAUGUGGCUGCAUCACAAUCUGGUACUAUGGGGCUCUACAACAGAGUGUGCACCGGCAACACUGGAAUAGUGGUGAAGGUGGCAGGAGCUUUGGCUGCACUGGUGUCCAUUUACAUCAUAGGAUACGUCACUGGAUACUACGUCCAUAGGUGUUGACUGUGGAGCCCAGCUAAGACGGAAAAAGCUUGCAUCUGGACAUUUUGAAUGAGCCAAAAUCAAAAGGUAGCUUGUCAUAACAUUCACCACAAAGAGCCAUGAAUGUAACACCUGAAGAGAACAUCAUUUUAGAAGUCAGGUGGGCAAUUUACGUCUUAUGAGAAAUUGUUAA